AUGGCUCUCCUGGUCGUCCCGCUGCUUCUGCACACGGGGCUGGUUCUGGGCUCGAACUACGGCUAUGUGGAGUGGUCGGACGGCGACCGAGACGAGAAGAGCCCGCCGGUCCUCAGCACCCAAAACACCAACAGGGAGCCGCCCCACCACCCGACCUACUACCCGGUGCCAACCACCGAGCGCGCCGUGGUGGCGCACAAAAUCGAGGAGGACCUGCCGAGGGUGGUGACCGCUUUCCUGCACACCGGGGACUCCUCCGCGCUGAGGCACGUCAACUGCUCCCGGAGGUACGAGCUGAGCAGCCUGCGAGGCGGCCUGCACGUCGCCUCCCACUACUCCCUGCACAGCAUCCUGGACACGGUAGCGCACGCCACAAACUUCCUGAACAUGAUCCUGCAGGCCAACAGGUCCCGGGAGCACACCCUGCACCGGGACAUCCACUGGUACCACGCGCUGGUCCAGAGCAUCCUCGAGGGGGACCCCAAAAUCCACAGGGCGGUGGUGACCUUCCACGCGGACGCGCUGACGCCGGGCCCCCAGGUUUUCCUCCAGGCGACCAGAACCGAGAAAGAGGUGGUGCUGCAGGACCUGUCCAGCUCCGCGCACCGCCACCUGAAGGGCAGGACCCCGGAGUCCGACUGGUUCAACGAGUUCAGGGACGGCAGGAGACCACACGUGCACAGAAGGGUCAUGGAGGCGCCGGGCACCAAGGGUGGGAGUUACCUGCUGGACAAGAACCAGAUCAAGUGGUCCGCCCCGUACCUGGAGUGUGAGCACGGCGCGUUCGUGCCGCACUGGCUGCUCACCCUGUCCGCCGGCUUCUACGGACUGAAGAGCAACUCUGCCCCAGAGUUCAGGGGCGUGGUUCGCGUGGACGUGAACCUGCAGGACGUGGACAUCGACCAGUGCUCCACCAGUGGCUGGUUCGCUGGGACGCACCGCUGUAAUCUAACCAGCAUGGAAUGCACUCCCAUCGUCGGCCACGGAUUUGUGCUGGACAAGUACAAGUGCCAGUGCAGGAGAGGAUUCUACCAUCCGAGCCGAGUGGCGCUCAAUGGCUUUAAAAGUAAGGAGAAGGGCUCCAACAGAGACGAGACCUCUGACGUGUCCAGUAAGUGCCUGCCGUGUCGCGAGGGCUGCCCCUACUGCCGGGACGACACGCCCUGCCUGAUACAGGAGGACGGCGCUCUGCGGCUCGCUGUGGCCUCCUUCCAGGGUCUGUGCAUGGUGCUGGACCUGGGCAGCAUGGUGGUGGUCUACCACUUCAGGAGGAACAAGAGCAUCCGUACAUCUGGUCUCAUCCUUCUGGAAGCCAUCUUGUGCGGGGCGCUGCUGCUCUACUUCCCGGUGAUGAUCCUGUAUUUCCACCCCAGCGUGUUUCGAUGUGUGCUCCUGCGGUGGGUUCGCCUCCUGGGUUUUGCCGUCAUGUACGGCACCAUCAUCCUCAAGCUGUACAGGGUGUUGAAGGUGUUCCUGUCCCGCACGGCCCAGAGGACGCCUUACAUGACCAGCUGGCGCGUCCUGCGGCUGCUGGCGGUGAUUCUGCUGGUGGUGCUGUGGUUCCUGGUGGCCUGGACCUCCGCUGUGUGCCAGAGCCCUGAGCUGAGUCAGGCCCUGAUCUCAGCGGGACUCACCCCGGAGGGACUGCAGUUCAGCAUGUGCCUGCUGGACCGAUGGGACUACAUGAUGGCCGUUGCGGAGUUCCUGUUCCUGCUGUGGGGCGUGUACCUCUGCUACGCCGUACGCACCGUUCCCUCGGCUUUCCACGAGCCGCGCUACAUGGCCGUGGCCAUCUACAAUGAGCUCCUCAUAUCAGCCAUCUUCCACAUCAUCAGGUUCUCUCUGGUGCCGGGGCUUCACCCCGACUGGAUGCUCAUGUUGUUCUUCGCUCACACUCAUCUGACGGUGACUGUGACUCUGGGCCUGCUGCUCAUCCCGAAGUUCCUGUCCAAAGGGACACAGGCCAGGGACGAUAUUGCCACCGAGGCCUACGAGGAGGAGCUGGACAUGGGAAGAUCUGGCUCUUACCUCAACAACAGCAUUACUUCAGCCUGGAGCGAGCACAGCUUGGACCCUGAGGACAUACGGGAUGAAUUGAAGAAGCUGUACGCCCAGUUGGAAGUCUAUAAACGGAAGAAGAUGCUCGCCAACAACCCGCACCUGCAAAAGAAGCGCAAUUCCAAGAAAGGUCUCGGCCGCUCCCUGAUGAAACGGAUAACAGAGAUCCCGGAGACCAUGCACUUGCACCGGCAGUGCAGCCGCGAGGACGGCAGCGAACACGGCAGCAACCGCAGCACCUUGAGGAGGAACCCGUUUGAAGCCAGCCACCACGGCAAACCUCGGGAUGACUCUCUGAAGAACAAAGUCAUGGGCUUGAAGAAAUCACUCAGCUACGACCACGUUUGUGACCAGGACGAGGAAACUGGAAGCCAGACUGGCUCGACUGCAGGAGACAAAAUGACUCCCGUUAGAGAAGGCGGGGAAGGAUCGCUUCUGGGUUCCCUGAUUGGCCGCAAACACGCUAAGAAGCAGCUGGAACCAGCCGCGACCCCUCCGAGACUGGAACCGGCCGAGUCCACCGAGUCCGUCCCACUGUUCUGGAAGUCGGCGAGCGCUCACAACCUAACGCAUGAGAAGAAACCAGUCCACCUGCGGACCUCCAUCAUGCAGAAGUCUCUGAGCGUGAUCGCGAGUGCCAAGGAGAAGAUGCCGGGCCUGACCAACAAGACGCAAAGUGUGGAGGAUGCCAGUAAGAAGGGUGUAAAGGGGCAGGAGGAGAGGAUGCUAUCUGAGGUGGAUGAGACUCCUGAGCACUACCCCAAGAUGAUCAUCAGCCAGUCAGUGGAGUACUCCAAGUCUCCCUUGAAGAUGGGCAUCAUGAAACAACAGGUAAGCGGAAGCCAGCCUUCCAUUUGCUCCGAAACCGGCAGGAACCUCUACGAUGUGUCCGAGGUUUGUCCCUGGGAGCUGGAAGAACCUCAGACUCCGUCUGAAGGAAAGACCCAGAAACAUGUUUCCAUCGCUCCUGGAGAAACCACCAGCGGCCGCAGAGGCAGCAGCAGCUCUGGAAUCAGCAAAGGGAGCCGCUCCCACCAGAGGCAGAAAGCAGGCCAGUCGCCCUCCAACAGACGACGCUCCAAAGAUAAAGGAGGAGAGAGGGAGGACGGAAGGGAAACGCGGAAAUCUCGGCCACCCAGGUCACCUCUCCCUCUCAAGCCGGACGUCUGCCCCUGGGAGUUUGACGAGCAGCCCAUGCUGGCGGGAGAUUCAGAUUCCAUCUCCCCAGACCGGAUCAGGCGUAAGAAAAGCGUCACGCCAACUGACGGCAAACCCAAGGGGCUCCACUCGGACUACUCCAAGUCCACGGGGAGCCUUUUGCAGCCUCCCUCCCUGAUGGUAGAGAUCUGCCCGUGGGAUUACAGUGGCCCGCCCUCACCGAAGCAGGAGAAGCAGACGUGCAACAGCCCCACCACGCACAAGAAGAAACGGAAAGGCUCCAGCUCAUCCAACUACAAGGCCGAGAGGGAGAAAGCAAGGGAGAAAAGCAGGGAGAGGAGGAGCUCCUCCAGCAAGCCGCAGUCGGAGAGGAGGCGGACCAGCCAGUCGUCGGAGUGCGGCGGGCCGGUUUCUGAGCGCCGGAGGAGCUCCACCAGAGACCCAGAGGCCAUGGAGAACAGGAGGGGGGGCGAGCCCUCACACACCAGCUUUGCUCAGACUAAAAAAUCACCAGAGAAGAAGAAGGGGAGCUCACUGAGUUCCAGUCACAAACCGGCGGUCACGGCAGAUGUUUGCCCCUGGGACUUCCAGGAGCAAGACUCCGGGGGGAGGGCAUGAUGACCGGUGUGAUGAUGGUACUUUUUUUUUGUAUUCACAGAGGACACACUGAUAAAGACAGAACACUGCAGUUGACGAGGACGCUUUUCUCUGGGUGACCCGAGACGCAAGAGAACAUUUAUUCUGCUGUCCAUCGACGCAAACCCAAACAUUUGCUAAAACAGCAAAGUUCUCGUCGUUACAUUGCAUUGAAUGCAACCUUGAAGUCACUUUAAAGGAGUUUUUUUCAGUCCGCACUUUUGCUUGCAAAUUUUGUCAAAGUUACAUCGUAGGUACGUUCUAUCACACUGAUUACAUGUUGAGAAAAGUAAUCAUAUGUAUAUUUACUGACGGAUCCAGACAAUCAUGAGUCACACAGUAAAUGCUUCACCGAAUGAGUUUAUCGAAUCCAGACGAAUGUUUUACUUUGUUGCACUGAUGAUAUUCUACGUUACGCGGUAAGUCAGUGGAGACUGACUGUAUAAGAUGCUGAUGAUGAAAAGAAGCAGGCAGCGUGGGGGGGGGAAUAAAAGGACUGUAGGGAAAAAUGAGUUUUCAGCUCUGAGAAGCAGGACCAAAGCCCCAGACGCAGCUGUGAUGUCAUAACUUGAGGCCAAAUGCAUAAUUCAUAAUACGAUCUGUUUGAUUAGUGGAACACAGGAGGAACAAAGGAGUGUAGUAUGGCUUCAUUUCAAAACGAGAAAAAAAAAACGUAUCUUUCAGUAACGCCGCUUAAUAUACAGUGUGUAUUUUUCUAAAAAAAAAAAAUCAUUGCAUGUGGUAAACUGUCAAGCAUCCAAUAACUGAAUGUUUAUUGGUUAACUUGUACUCAAAUAUGGAACUUUUGAUGUUGUUGCUUCAGGUAUUCGUCUCCUUACGUACCACAUGCUUCUUGAAAUGACGCGCGUCGCCAUCAGUGACGCACACACCUAUUCAGACGGCUCACAGUUGAGCAGUGCUGAAAUAUCCACGAGGCUCUCCUUUCUGUUGAUAUUCAGUUACUGUUUACUCCAUAUUUCUCGCCCUGGACGUCCCUUCUCAGAGGCUGUAGUAUUUCCAUGUCUAAAAAGAAGAAAAAAAAUGUGCUGGAGGACCAAAAGCAAACCUGACUAGGGUGGAUGAUGUGAAUAAUGCAGUUUUUUUCUGUCACUUAGUUGCCCGUUUUACAUCAGCUUGAAUGCACCUUCCUUCAGAUCUUUGCACAUGUUCAAUCGCUAAAACCACGACUAUGCAUGAACGAAGUGGGGGUUUUUUUUGUUUGUUUGUUUGUUUGCCACUCUCUCGCUGACAGAAAGCGAGUCAUUGAAAAUUUGGACGUCGCAUCCGGCGAUCAGCCUCCCACCAUUGACACCUAACGCAGCGCAGUCCACGCCAAGCGCAGCGCGUCAGACAACGGUAGACAGUUCAGCUUCAUUGCGGCUGUGUGUGCAUGUCAGUGAAGAAUACAUUCACCAGAAGGCUUUAAAAAAAAAAAAAAGUGUAUAUCUUAUGAGAUACUUAAAGAGGACUUGGGAGCACAAAGGUUUUUCAAAACUAGAUGUCAGAUGUUGUCUUUUAUUUAUCAAGCAUUUUGAGGGAAGGACCUCCUGUGUAAAUAAUCUGUUUUGCCCAUUGAGCAUUCAGAGAGGUGCAUCCUCGAAGCGAAAGGCUUGAUAAAUAAACAUGACCCACCACUCUCUCUAACUCUCACAUGGUUUGUUUGUUUUUUCUAUCUGGUGGUUUAAGGCUGUUUGAAAUGGAAUGAUGUAACUUGCCCACUUCAUGUACUUUACGCUUGUUUUAUUGUACAGUGUUGCUCCAAGACGUUACAACAUGUUGUAGCAUCCACGUGGGAGUGUUUACAGUAUAUUGUACAUUCAUAUUGUGUUGCAUGUACAUAUAGUAAAUACCCUGUUCUCAACUCUGGAUUAAAUCUUUCUAUAAAGCCCCA